GGUAGCCAUGGAAGGAACGCGGCUGAGAAGAUACGGAAGGGGCCACGCCGUAGUCUCCUCCCGCUCCGCUCUUCUCCUUCUUCUCCUCCAAACAACACGCUUUCGUGUUGCUACUGCGACCUCAAAGUCUAAGUCUUCAAUGAUCCUCUCUUCCAUUUCGGACGGAAACACGCCGCGUUUCUCCGACACUGGUUUUCCGUUGGCGUCGGUUUCAGCCUCACCGCACUCCUAGCUACUCUUAUUCUUGUUUGGCAUCUGUUCCGAGGAAGCAAUACGCUCGGCGGCUUGAGCAUUUUCCCCUCAGUUAGAGCAAUAUCAUUAGCUGACGCUGGAUUUUUCGUCCUUUCUACUUUGCUUUCCGUCACCGUCCAUGAAUUGGCCACGCCGUUGCGGCUACCAGGUCUCCUUUUCAUUCUUGUACUCUAUCUCAUUAUAGGCAAAGAACUUGUUAGGGUGAGGAGUUUAGCUGCACAACGAUAGACUCUAAUGUUUGGUUCCGUAGGCUUCGUUAAUUGGAGUAGCAGUGAUGGCAUAAGGUUGGAACACAUUGCUGUUUUCGUUGCACUUCUAUUCCCGGGUGCUCUUGUUGCUUUUGAUUACGACUUGUUGCGAGAAUUGCCUCGCUUUACUGCUCUGGUAUCUGGCAUAAUGCAGUGGUUUUGGAUGUUGCUUCUACAUCACCUUUAUAUGGUGUUUUAUCCCCUGGGGAUGUAAUAGUGUCAUUGGAUGGUGUACACAUCCAUGAUGAACAAGAGUGGAGGGAUAUGACUGCUCUGUUAGAUGAAAAAAUGAUUAAAGGUUUGUCUAAUUCCUAUUAUUCAAAAAAAUUUGGAGCAGUUGGUGGCAGAAAGGGCUACUGUGUCCCAAUUCAUUAUUGGAAGAAGGCAAGAAGAUUAUGUUCAGUGAUAACAAAUAAACUGUCCUAAUGAACUUGCUGCAUUUGAUAGCAUUGACUGCUCUAAUUCAAGUAAACCAGAAGACAUGGUUGGUCAAGAUGGUCUUCAGAACAAGGUAGGAAGUAAAACCUGUUUGAAUGCAAAGGAGGUUGUUAAGCUUGAUAAAUAUGCUCCCAGGACAAGUCUUGCUUAAGUCCAGUUCAGCUGCCAGGUUUUAUUUGGGUUGAGAUUACAUAUUCAAGGCCUUAUUCUCUUGAAUGCCUGGAAAUUAGAAGAAAUUCCUCAUUAGAUUUCAGUACUUCCAACAUUGCUGAACAGAACUGUUGUGGUACUUUUGUUUUUGUUGGCGAUGUGAUAUCUAUGGUGCAUACAGUUCAGUUAACUGCAUAUUGGCCUCGAUGGAAUUUGGCUUUUGGUGCAUCUCUUCCAAAAUUUCUGGAAAGGAGUCUGAUAUGCACAUUCCAUGUAUCGUUAACACUAGCUCUUCUUAACGGUCUGCCAGUAUAUUUCUAGAUGGUGAAUCAAUUUUAGAGGUGACUCUGUGUUACUUCACUACGCUGAGCCCAAGGGGAAGAAGAAAAAUUCUUCAAAUAUGUCUUUUGGGAGGAACAUUCAUUUCUAUACUUGCCUUUCUGAAGAUCUUCUUCAAUUUGAUCUAAGUGAAAGGUAAGUAGUGUUCCUUUGUUAACCUCUUCUCUCUCUUAGCCUAACACAGACACUUUGAGAAAAACAAACAAGAGAGAGAAGUUUUCUUUUACUUUUGUUUUUUUAAGUUUCUGUAUUUGCAUGUCUUGUGAUAUUUGGGAUGCAAUUUGAAGGGUGUUUGUAUAUUCAGUAUACAUAUUUUGUCAAUAUCUUGCAAGUGCGGAGCCAGGAUUAGGCCCAGGGUAGGGCAAUUUUCUGAUACUUCCUCUUCCGACUUUUUGAGCCCAUGGUAGGGCAAUUUUGCUCUUGCUUGAGCUUUUUCUUCCUAAACUAUUUGAGGCCAUGGGCCUAUAUGGGGCCACCACUGUCUUCUUGAGAUCCAUCUCUUGUCAUGAGACACUAACCAAGACUCCUCAGAAGCCUCUGAUUUGCAUGUCACACAUCGAUAACAUAAAAGUUUGCAUACUUGACAUAGUCUGUUAACAGAAGGUAGUGGGUCUGCCCCUCUUUUUCCUAUGCAAAUCAAACUGCUAUUAAUAUUUAUUUUUAGCAUCCUAACAACUUGGAUAGUCUCUUAGAAAAAAUUAAAAAUGCAUUUGAAAAUUAAAGUACUGAUAUUCCUGGGCUCAAAUAUGACAAUGGAGACACAAGAUUGCUAUUUAACCCCUUUUCGCAUGUUGUCAUGCCCAUUGGUGGCUAUAAUCCUGUCUGGGCUUCCCUCCAUGGCUGUUGCCUUGCAUUGGCAAUACCCUGCAAGAAAUUUUAUUUUAUUUUUUUAUUUUUUUAUUUUUUGUGUUUCAAAAGCUGGCUUUAUCUUGUGUACUUAUCAUGCCCUUUUGGUUCCUCAACAUAUUUAGUAUCAACUAUGCUUAGGCAAGAAAUCUUAUGAUUGUGAAAAGGCACCAUUUAUCAACUAACCAUUUAAUCAAGAAUAAUGGCCUUGGCAGUUGAACUCAUACAAUUACUGACCAAGUGUAAGCUCUCCUCAUCUCAACACGAACAGGGGAAGCCAGUCUGUUUCAUAAUAAGCUUGAAAUCUGAAACAUGGACAUGGAGUGAGGAGAGAAUCGUGAAAUAAAUAGCAGGGUUAUUCAGACUUUCAACUUGAAACAAGCUAGUGAUUAAUGUUUCUUGUAGCCUUGUUUAACUGUAUAUAAGAAGACUUCAGUGCCCUGCCCUGGGUAUGCUUAAUAGUUGAGAGUAUAUGUAUAUACCACACUUGGGAAUUAACACCCUGUAUAUGAGAGUGAUGUACUCUAUUGUGCUAUCUGUAGCUAUAUCUAUAUUGCUUGGAGGAGAAUUAUUUGCCCUAAAGAGCUUAACCAAGUUUUACUUUUCUUGUCUUCUGCUUUUGGCACAUUAUUUCAUUCUAUGAUUUGCAAAUCUAGCCUUCUUUAAGCUACCCUUUAAUUUAUGCUAGACAUAAAUGUUUUCCUUUCUC